AUGGCUGAUCAAGUUCCUACGGCGCGACGUGCCGCGGACGAUAUGGCGGAAAUUGUCAGCGGUAUCCUGGGCGAAACAGUCGUAAUCAAUAACAUCCGUAACGCUCGGGGCGAUCUUCGCGAACGCCUUCUGCGCAGUGGGCUGGAAGGUCUCGGCAGCCAACCGAUGCGAUCUGGGGAACUCUCACCACAAUUGGCCAACGAAAUGGCGAUCUUCCUCGGCGAUCAUUAUCGCGAACAUGUACGUCUGGAAGGGAUUGCCACCGAUCAGCUUUCCAGCAAUGCCCUGCCGGCUGCGGUCGCGACGCUGCUGAUUGACGCUGAAAAAGCACGGCUCGAGCAAAUGACGCUGACCGAUAACGAAACCGCCAAACUGCAAGACAUAACGCGGCGCGAGAUCGCCCUUGACUACCUGAGCAAUUCACCGGUCGCGUCCAUGGUCGCCAAGCAGCGCAUCUGGAUCCGACUUCUGGUGAUGCGGCACGGCAAGGAACGUCCGCAACUGCAAGGACAGCUAGGCCAAAUCGUGGAUCAACUGGAACGGCAAGAUGCCGAUGCCACGAACUUGAUUCAACAACUUCGCAGCGGCGAACUGGCUUUGGUCAAACUCAUGGCCGUAGUACUGGCAGUACUCUUUCCGCUUUCAUCCGCGCUAGGGGCCGUCGUUUACCUGAAAGGCAAGAAAGAGCCCGUUGCCGGUUUCGUGGAAUCUUCCGACGACGACAGCAUCGAACUACGCAUUGAAACGCCUGAGGGAGAGCCGCUGCAUCGUCGCAUUCUUCGUACCGAGAUCGACUUACUGCUGCAGCCGGUCAGCCCCAGCCGUUUGGCACAGCUUUCUCCUGAGAAUCCCAAAGCGUACCGUGAGUAUGCUGAGGAGCUUGUCGAGAAAGCCUCCGAUCCGGAAGCGGUCGAAACGGCUGCUCGGUUGUUCAUGAUUGCGGCUCAUCUCGAUCCACAGAAAGAAGGGCGCAGUGCCCUGCUGGGUAUGACACCCCUGAUGACCGAUGCACAAGGCGUCAAACGCCUUCGUGCGAUGGCCUAUCUGACCGAUCCUAACCAUGACGCGGCUUUGCUGGAAGGAAACCUGCAAGCGACCGCGUCGGGAACGCCCCUCGACGAGUCGAUGCGGGACGAAGUGAUCAACGUCCUGCAGAUGCUGCGAAAGGGAGAACGUGCCGACGCGCGGCAGCAACUUCAACGGGAUGAAAUUCAAGCGGCACUGCAGCAAGGGACCAGCAAGAUUACGCUCCAGGAUUGCCUGGCACUGGUGCAAGGAAACUGCCCUGGCUGCGAGCAAGGUAAGAUCCCGCCCUACAUGAUGCAGAAGCUUGUUGCCGCCGAUUCAGCCACAAUGGGGCUUCUUCAUCGAUCAAUCGUUCCUCAAGCCGCUGCCGGUGUUGUCGCUCGAUAA